GAAGUUGACGUCCUCACUCCACUCCGUCGCUUGAAAAAAAAAGAAAGAAGAAAAGCCCCACAAACACACGCUACACGCAUCUCCAGCCUCUGUUCCGUCCUCUCUCUCUCUAGCUCACCGACAAUGCCGGGGCUCCCGUGGCUCCUGCCGCUCUCCCUCCUCCUCCUCCUCCUCCUCCUCCUCUCCGUCUCCGCCGACGUCCAGAUUAAAGUAACCAAAAACCCUGGGGACGAGUUGGUGGAUGUAAUCAACAACAAUCGAACAGCAAGCAAAAGCUCUUCCCUCUAUGACAACCCCGGGCUAGCAUGCAUUGCUCUGCAGUACAUAAAGGCAUACCAAGGUGACUGUGCUGCUGUAGGAGGAGCCAAUGCUAAGAAACCUCCCGAGGCUGACUUCGUCGAGAUUUUUGCCCCCAAUUGUGGUGUCCAGACCUCGUCCCUUUCCCCUAUCACCGGUCGUUUACUUGGGUGCGAGACCAAGUAUGUGUCUCCCUCGAAAGCGUUUUCUGGAAUCUUGAUGCAGAAGGAAAAAAGCAUAGAAAUUGUCACUGACAAAAACCAUACUGAAGUGGGAGCUGCCGUCAGUGGCAGUAAUGGUGGAUCUCCUUACUUCUGGUGCGUCUUGUUCAGCAAUGGCACAUCCAACAGUAGCUUUGUUUUAGAGGGGGGCGUUGCCAAGAUUUCUGGAUCUGGAUGCUUUAGCGGCGCCAAUGACGAAUGCAGUAGCGCAUAUCCUUCCCAAGUUCGACACCUGUGGCCAUUUGUUGCCUCAGGUUUGGUUGCCCUGUGGUGUGUCUUUGCCCUAUAAUCAAGUCUCUAAGGCUGUUCCCCAUGUAAUUUUUGGCUCUGUAUUUGUCUACUCAAUUCCUUUGCCACUGUAAUUUGUUUUCUGUAUCUUGGUCAUCCUCCCCCUAAUUUAUUUAUUUUGUACUUAAUUCACUCUGAAGAGUUAGUCGUUUGCGCAAUCUACUCACACUGAAUACACAAUUUGGAGUUCUGUUUCA